CGUACUCGCACAGGAAACAGCUGACAGACUGAUCCACUGUUAUACAUGGGUGACAGAGUUACACGAUUGGUAUAAUUUAAUUGAGACAUAAUACAAACAUUCGCGAUACAGCUUAAAAAUAUAAUUUUAAAGUAAUUUUUAUUACCACAUGACAGCCUAAAAUAGAGCUAAAUUACUAUGCCAUGUUCACACUAAAGUGUCAUUAGAUGGUUCAGUCCGAGGAUGGCCGCUGCUGUCGGUGUAAAUAAACAGGCGUCGAUGGAAUCGUGUGUGAGACACGGCCGAGGAACUGCCGCUAAUGCGGUGAAGGUGUUGGAGUGUGGUGUGUGUGAGGAUGUGUUUUCACUACAAGGUGAUAAGGUACCACGACUGCUGCUGUGUGGACACACGGUGUGUCACGACUGCUUGACACGACUGCCUCUCCACGGCAGGGCAGUACGCUGCCCCUUUGAUAGACAGGUCACUGAGCUGGGAGACUCAGGUGUGUGGGGCCUGAAGAAGAACUUUGCCUUGCUAGAACUGCUUGAACGGCUACAGAAUGGGGCAACCAAUCAGUCAGGCAUGUCGGAGGAUGCGCUUCGUGAGAUGGGAGAGUGCAUAAUCCGCUGUGAUGAGGAUGAGACUCACACUGCCUCCAUGUACUGCACGGUUUGUGCUACGCAUCUGUGUGCCGAGUGUUCCCAGCUCACCCACUCCACCCGAACACUGGCAAAGCACCGGCGUGUGCCACUGGCAGACAAACCCCAUGAGAAGAUGCUCUGCCCGCAGCACCAGGUGCAUGCCAUUGAGUUUGUCUGCCUGGAGGACGGCUGUCAGCCUGGACCGCUCAUGUGCUGCGUCUGCAAGGAGUACGGGAAACAUCAAGGGCAUAAGCAUGCUGUACUAGAGGCUGAAGCCAACCAGAUUCGAGCGUCUAUCCUGGAUAUGGCGCACUGCAUUCGCACAUUCACAGAGGAAGUGUCGGAGUACUCCAGGAAACUAGUGGGCAUUGUGCAGCAGAUAGAAGGAGGAGAGCAGAUUGUGGAGGACAGCAUGGGCAUCGCUCACACUGAACAUGUUCCAGGUACUGCAGAAAGCGCCCGGUCUUGCGUGCGUGCCUACUUUGCAGAUCUACAUGAGACACUGUGUCGCCAAGAGGAGAUGGCUCUGAGUGUGGUGGACGCACACGUCCGAGAAAGGCUGAUCUGGCUUCGCCAGCAGCAGGAGGAUAUGACCAUACUGCUGUCUCAGGUGUCCACAGCCUGCCUGCACUGCGAGAAAACACUGCAGCAGGAUGAUUGCAGGGUGGUUUUGGCGAAACAGGAGAUCAACCGGCUGCUGGAGACACUGCAGAAACAGCAGCAGCAGUUUACAGAGCUGGCCGAUCACAUUCAGCUGGAUGCAGGCAUCCCUGUUACUUUCACUAAGGACAACCGUGUGCACAUUGGCCCAAAGAUGGAGAUUCGAGUUGUGACUUUAGGUUUAGAUGGAGCUGGCAAAACUACUAUUCUCUUCAAACUGAAGCAGGAUGAGUUUAUGCAGCCCAUACCAACUAUAGGUUUUAAUGUAGAAACCGUUGAAUACAAAAACCUGAAAUUCACCAUCUGGGAUGUGGGUGGAAAGCAUAAACUGCGCCCGCUGUGGAAACACUACUAUCUGAACACACAGGCGGUGGUGUUUGUGAUUGACAGCUGUCACCGAGACCGGCUGAUGGAAUCUCACAGUGAGCUGGCCAAACUGCUGACGGAGAAAGAGCUUAGAGAUGCCCUGCUGCUCAUCUUCGCCAACAAACAGGACGUCCCUGGUGCAGUGUCUGUGGAGGAGAUGACAGAGCUUCUCAGCUUGCACAAACUGUGCUGCGGGCGCAGUUGGCACAUUCAGGGCUGUGAUGCCCGCAGUGGGAUGGGACUCCAUGAGGGCCUGGACUGGCUCUCUCGCCAGCUGGUGGCUGCUGGGGUUCUGGAUGUGGCCUGAGGGACUCUUCUACUCAAAAGACUUAAACCUGAAGCCUGUCCAUGUCAUUUGCACAGUCACUCAGAUUAUGUUUACCCACAAUACCACGUCUUCAUCCAUUAGUAGAUAUACUACUGUGCUUGUGGCUCAAUGGUGUACAUAAAUAGGAGUGCUUUAAGGGGUUAGUUCACUCCAAAAUGACAAUUGCUGUUUCAAAGACAUUUUAUGAAGAUGGUUUUAAUUGAAAUUAUCAGAUUUCUUUCUCUCCUCGCGUUUUGGGUAAAAAGAAUUUCAAUGAAGAGACAGAAAUGGUUCAAAUUUGAUUAAAAAAUAUAUUGAUUUGUGUUCUGAAGUCUAAUUAAAGUGUUAUCUGGUGGAAACAAUAUAAUGGUGAACAAAUAUAACAGCAGAAUUUUCAUUUUGGAGUGAACAAGGCAACAUGCUGCUGGUUACAAAGUAUGAUAUUUUGACUCUCCACUUUGUCGAAAUGUUUGUUUUUUACAAAGGAGAGUCAAAAACUCUAUUUGCAGAUGCUGUCCUUUAAGUUUAAGCUGCAUGAUUCUUUUUAAAACAAGUAAACUAAUCAAACUUACUGUCAACGUCUGGUUAAAGGAAUAGUUUACCCAAAUAUUAUCAUUUAUCAUUCUUUUUUCCUUAGAACAGAAAAUAAAUCAUUUCGAAGUUGCCAUUGACAUCCAUAGUAGGAAAAACAAAUACUGUGGAAGCCAAAAGCUGUGUUUUCCAACAUCCUUCAGCAUAUCAUUGUUUAUGUUCAACAAAAGACAGAACUUAAACAGGUUUGAAAGAAGUGGAGGAUGAGGAAAUGAUGUUUUCGUUUUUGUGUGGACUAUCUAUUUAACCAUGCUCUUCUUUUUAUUGUAAGUUCACUCAUUUUGGUCAUUUAAUAGUUACUAAUGAGAUAUUUUAAGCAUAUAUAGUAGAUGUGCUUAAGCAAAUAUUGUUCAUUUUUGUACAGACGCCCUCAUAAAAUCCCUACAGUAUUGCGUGGAAAUGGCACAAGGUCUAAGUAGAUCUAUCAAAGGUUUUAAUCGUAGGUAAAUCCCCUUAGGUACAGAUGAAACUAAGCAUCAGAUAGCCUCCAGAUUAAUGGUUUCAGCAAUGUGAAGUGCCUGUUGACGUGUCUGAUUAGCUACUCAAAUACUAGGAAAGUUCAUGUGAUCAAAUCUAUUGCCUUUGUUUAAAAGUUACAUGGGGUGACUUCUCAUAAAACAUGUAUAUGUUCCCUAUAAUUUUUUUUAAAAACGUUAUUUUUUUUUAUUGUAAACAUUAUUACCUAGCAGUUUACUAACAUAUUUUAUAUUCUCUUAGAAUUAGUUCACCCAAAAAAGAAAUCCAGGAGUUCUCUCGUCCUCCAUAGACUGUAGCAAUCCUGAUAUGUUUAAAAAGGAGCCAUAAUUACUAAUCAAAAUGUUGCAUGUGACUUCAGUGGUUCAACUAAAUUCAUACAGAGCUUAAUAAACACUUUAAUUUGAAAAUCGUAUUCUUAUUAAUUUAAAAUGUUUAGGCAUUUUAUUAAACAGUGGAGUAAUAAAAAUUAUCACUAAUAAUUAUAUACAUACUUAUUGGUUAUGAAAAUGUGAGUGACAAAAAAAAAAAGCAAGCGUCAUUUAAUUUCCAUUAUCCAAAAUAAGUUUUUAUUUUGAAUUUGGGGACCUACACAUUUGUUGUAAGAUUCACCCAUUAUUAUCAAUGUCAUCAGCUGUUUUUUUUUUUUUUAUAGCUUUUGUGAAUUUCUUGAGGCUUUAAAUGAGCCUGUAAAUAUUUAUUUGUGGUCUUAAGACUGGUGCAUGGGUGUAGGUGUUUUCACCGUGUGUGGAAAAAUAUGGAUGUGUUUGUGGCAAGAAAUGUUACUGCUUAUUUAUAUUUUAAAAGGAGGAUUGUAGUCAUCAUGGAUAAAACAAAUGUAGUUUAAUUUCAUCAGCUUAAUAUUCGGCUAGAUAUUCAUUUGUUGCAAAAAGCCUCUCAUCUUAGUAUAUUUAAAAAAAAAAAAGGCAGAUGUUGUUACAUUAUAUUAACUCGUUUAUCAAUUUAAUGCAAAUGUGGCUGUAUGUAAAUGACAGUUUAGUUUUAGGAACCAUCCUUUGGUUUGAAACGUUGCUCCUCAUUGCUAUGUAAUGUUAACUAUAUUUAGGUGAAAAGCAUGUGUAAAGAUUCCCCCUAGCCCUGGCGCAGGACCCUCUGAAGUUGUAAAAGAUGUUGUUGUAAAUGUGAGAUCUGGAAGCCUCUCGAGAAGCACAGUGCACACCCAUUUGUUGAUAGCUUUUUGUAUAACCAUUCAUAAUAUUAUGCUAUUAAAAACAAAGCUGAAAACA